AUGAACGGUGGCGAUGAGGUCGUCGCAGCUCCCGGAGGCCCUCCACAGCCUCUGGAGUGGAAAUUCUCUCAGGUCUUCGGCGAGCGGACGGCCGGUGAAGAAGUUCAGGAAGUUGAUAUUAUUUCUGCUAUUGAAUUUGAUAAAACUGGUGACCAUCUUGCUACUGGUGACCGUGGGGGCCGGGUGGUUCUAUUUGAAAGGACAGAUACAAAAGAUAAUGGUGGCACCAGAAGGGACUUGGAGAGGAUGGAUUAUCCAAUUAGUAGGCAUCCUGAGUUCCGUUAUAAAACAGAGUUUCAGAGCCAUGAACCUGAGUUCGACUACCUGAAGAGUUUGGAAAUAGAGGAGAAAAUCAACAAAAUCAGAUGGUGCCAAACUGCCAAUGGUGCCCUGUUUCUCCUAUCUACUAACGAUAAAACAAUUAAGUUUUGGAAGGUCCAAGAAAAGAAGGUCAAGAAAAUUUCUGAAAUGAAUGUGGAUCCUUCAAAAGCUGUAGGGAAUGGCAAUCUUGCUAGUUCAAGUAAUUUGGGUAGCUCUAAAACGCAUCUUGCAAAUGGAGGAUGCUCAGACAGAUCAUUCAGUUGUCUGAGCAAUGACAUUUCAUUUCCACCAGGGGGCAUUCCUUCGUUACGAUUGCCACAGGUAGUAACUAGCCACGAGACUAGCCUAGUUGCUAGAUGUCGAAGAGUAUAUGCUCAUGCUCAUGAUUAUCAUAUCAAUUCAAUUUCAAACAACAGUGAUGGCGAAACUUUUAUAUCGGCUGAUGAUCUGCGAAUAAAUCUUUGGAACUUGGAAAUUAGCAAUCAAAGUUUCAAUAUUGUAGAUGUGAAGCCUGCAAACAUGGAAGAUUUAACCGAGGUGAUAACAUCAGCAGAAUUCCACCCUACCCAUUGCAAUACGUUAGCCUAUAGCAGUUCCAAAGGCUCGAUUCGACUCAUUGAUUUGCGGCAGUCUGCUUUGUGUGAUUCUCAUGCUAAAUUGUUUGAGGAACAGGAAGCGCCUGGUGCUAGAUCAUUCUUCACAGAGAUUAUUGCUUCAAUCUCAGAUAUUAAGUUUGGAAAGGAUGGAAGAUAUAUACUUAGCCGUGAUUACAUGACACUUAAGUUAUGGGACAUCAAUAUGGAUUCAGGUCCCGUCACAACCUUCCAGGUUCAUGAAUAUUUAAGACCUAAGCUGUGUGAUUUAUAUGAAAAUGAUUCUAUCUUCGAUAAAUUCGAGUGUUGUCUGAGUGGUGAUGGCUUGCGGGUAGCAACUGGUUCUUACAGCAAUCUAUUCCGUGUAUUUGGUUGUGGAACUGGUAGUACUGAGGCAACAACUUUGGAGGCCAGCAAAAAUCCAAUGAGGCGACAAGUUCCGACUCCUUCUAGGCCUUCCAGGUCCCUGAGCAGUAGUAUAACACGAGUUGUCAGACGAGGAGCAGAAAACCCUGGGGUUGAUGCAAAUGGAAAUUGUUUUGAUUUCACGACAAAGUUGCUGCACUUAGCAUGGCAUCCAACUGAAAACUCAAUAGCCUGUGCUGCUGCUAACAGCUUGUACAUUCAAUUGGAGGCCACAACAAUUCUCUCACAUUUCAAGGUGCCCCUUGAACCCGUUGCACAUGGUUUUAUUCUCACGGUCCAGAAGUGGCUGCCACAGAAUCCACAAGGAAGCAACCUGAUUUUGUUCCGGGAUGUUCUCUCUUUUGGAAGAGGUUUAUCUUCACUUUUUAUCAUGAGUCUUGAGUCUUUCACUCUUCACUGUCAACUGUCCGGAGAUCUGGUGUGGCUAAACUCAGCACUAGGAGAGGUGAGUUUGGCUGGUCAUUCGCUGACUGAAUUCAUACUUACCAGUCGCGUGCGAAGUGAUCAGCAACAGCAACUCCCUCUGGUGUUUAGGGCUUCUGUUUCACUCCAAAUCCCAAAGAAAUUUCGAGGUUCGUUUAGGGAGUCCAUGGCUUCAAAGGUAUCUUCGUUGCAAAAGGUGGUUCAGGCAUCGAACUUUCUAGUCAAGAAUGGAAAUAUCUAUUACAAGCAGUUGGUAGAGCAGAACAAGCACCAUAUCCAGGAGCCACCCACCAUUGAGAAAUGUCAAACUUUAGCAAAACAACUGUUCUAUACUCGUCUUGCCAGCAUUCCGGGUCGUUAUGAAGCAUUCUGGAAGGAAGUUGACUCUCUCAAGAAUGCACUAAUAAACAGGCAGGAACUGAAUGUGGAGAAUGCUGGUCUUGCUGCUCUGUUUGGACUUGAGUGCUAUGCCUGGUUCUGCGGUGGUGAGAUUAUAGGGAGGGGUUUCACAUUUACAGGCUACUAUGUUUGA